GGUAGGUGACGACAGCUCUCUGGUUAUAGUUGGUGUGCCUAUUUCUUCUUCAGGUUGAUCCCACCCUUCAUUAUUUAUAAGAAACAAAAGACAUUCGUUUUGACAUUUUGGCUAAAAGUGUUUGAAGCCCCGUUCUGGAACUUCAACCAUUAAUUCAAUCCUCUCCGGUUUUCUCUAUCAUUCUAUUUAAGGAGAUAUUGCUUUUCAUCUGCAAAUAAUUAGAGGAAAGAUGUCUCGGUAUCUUGUUGAAUUGGUUCAAAAUAAUUUGGAAUCCACUGGGGAUGUGAUGAGUGCGAUAACGCCUUUGAUGAAACUCUUGUCCCUUACAGUUAUUGGACUGGUUCUCGGUUACCCAAAAUUUCAAAUGAUACCAAGAGCAACGUUUAAGCUCCUCAGCAAGCUUGUUUUCGCCUUGUUCUUGCCCUGUCUAAUCUUUACCGAACUAGGCGAGUCGAUUACGCUUGAAAACUUUGUUCAGUGGUGGUUUAUCCCAGUUAAUGUGUUGGUGAGUACACUCAUUGGUUGCUUCCUUGGGUACUUGGUGGUGAUUGUAUGUCGUCCGCCUCCAGAGUUGAACAGAUUUACUAUUAUCAUGACUGCAUUUGGGAAUACAGGAAAUCUCCCGCUUGCUUUGGUUGGAUCUGUUUGUCAUACUGAGAAAAAUCCAUUUGGACCUCAUUGUCACUCAAGAGGGGUGGCUUAUGUCUCUUUUGCCCAAUGGGUUGCUGUGAUUCUUGUUUAUACAUUUGUGUAUCAUAUGAUGGAACCACCAUUGGAGUAUUAUGAGGUUGUUGAGGAAGGGGCUGAAAUUGAGGAGUCGAGAGAGAACAGAAGUACCGACCUCAGUAGGCCUUUACUAGUGGAAGCUGAAUGGCCUGGUAUUGAAGAAAAGGAAACUGAGCAUUCCAAGACAGCCUUUAUUGCUGGUGUUUUCAACAGCAUCUCAAAUGUUUCACAGAAUGGUAUACCAGAUGGUGAUCUCUCUGCAGAAAGUGGUGGAAACAGUCCUAGGUCCAUUAGGUGUUUGGCUGAACCAAGGGUGGUUAGGAGGAUCAGAACUGUUGCUGAACAAACUCCAAUACAGCACAUACUUCAACCACCAACGAUUGCUUCACUGAUGGCUAUCAUUAUUGGGACCGUGCCUCAGUUGAAAGCUGUUGUCUUCGGACAUGAUGCUCCACUAUCCUUCCUCACAGAUAGUUUAGAGAUUUUAGCUGGUGCUAUGGUGCCUUCUGUGAUGCUUAUUCUUGGGGGUAUGCUUGCAGAGGGACCAAAUGAUUCUAAACUUGGCAUUCGAACUACAAUUGGUAUAUCUGUGGCAAGGCUCUUAGUGCUUCCUCUGGUGGGAAUUGGUAUUGUGGCAUUGGCCGAUAAGCUCGAUUUUCUGGUUGAUGGUGACGCAAUGUAUAGGUUUGUACUUUUACUGCAGUACACAACCCCAAGCGCAAUUCUAUUGGGAGCAAUUGCCAGAUUGAGGGGAUAUGCAGUUAGUGAGGCUUCAGCACUUCUAUUCUGGCAGCAUGUGUUUGCUCUCUUCUCCCUUUCCUUGUAUAUUGUUAUCUACUUUAAACUAAUAGCAUACCUGUGA